ACUUAGUCGCACCUUCUUCCCCAAUUAUCCGGAAACAUACCCUUCACUCACUUUCUCUUUUUCACACAGUGCAACAAAUAACGACAUUGUCUGAGUUCUGACAUUGGGGAAGGGAAAGAGGGAGGGACAGAGAAAUUGUUGUAAAUUCAGAAAUUGUUGAAAUUCAGUUGUAAAACUUUGUUGCUUUGUUCUCUGAAAACUUGAGAAUCGGAUGGGGUGUACACAAGAUAACUUCUCGUUGAGAAGUCAUUCGACUCAGUAGGCCCUGGUACCCUUCUGUGGGCUCAUAGCAGGGAAACUGCAUCAUCCUCUGUAGCUGUUAAUGAUCCUUGCUAAAUAUUUUUGGAGCUUUGGGCUUUGCCAUAGCGAUAGACUGUUAAUCUUGUCAGAAUGCAAGCAGUUGUUUGCCCAGUGUAACUUGGAAAAUGAAUAUUUUGUUAUUUUAUAACGGGUGGGAGGCAUAUCAAUGGAAGACUUGGGUCAUUCAGCGAUUGCAGCCGCUUCCCUCUGGGGAUCUCACAUGGUGUCUCUCUUUGGCGUUUCAGAAUAGCUGCUGGAAAGCUGCCCCGCCGUAGCCGCUGACGCUAUGGAAGACCGCAUCCGCUGCUCUCGGCUGUAGGAUGGUAGCGCACAGCAAGGUGUCAGCAGAUAAUGCAGUUGGAGCAGACCCAAGACGGCUACUUGACCCUCCGGCACGGGAUCGUUCUCAGGCGCGAGGUUUGCACGGCCCCGGCACUGUGCAGGCACAGGGCAACACGCACUUCCGAACCUUCCGCUCCCAGGCGGAUUUCAGCAGCAUCACCCGAGCCAGCAGCCUCCUGGAUGCCUGCGGCUUCUACUGGGGACCCCUGUCUGUCAGCGCGGCCCACGAGAAGCUUAAGUCUGAGCCCGAGGGCACCUUCCUCAUCAGGGACAGCACACAAAAGAAUUGCUUCUUUGCCAUCAGUGUUAAGACUGCGUCUGGGCCCACCAGCAUCCGGAUUAACUUCCAGACCGGUCGUUUCAGCCUGGAUGGCAGCAAAGAGACUUUUGACUGCCUUUUUAAGCUGCUGGAACAUUACCUGAGUUCCCCGAGGAAGGUACUGGUUACCCCCCUGCGCAAGGUCCGGGUGCAGCCGCUGCAGGAGCUCUGCCGGAAGAGCAUCGUGAAGACUUUUGGAGGAGAGAACUUAAACCAGAUCCCCCUCAAUCCCGUUUUAAAGGACUAUCUGAAAUCCUUUCCAUUUCAGAUAUAAGUACAGCAUUAACUGCGUAGGGACACGUGAGAAAUGUGUAACGAAAUCCAGUGUCCUGGGUUUUUAAAUAUGUUUGACAGUGAGCAAACUUAUUUUUGUAGCAAUUUACUGUAUUUUGGGAUGGAACCUGAACACUUGACUUCUUAUGUUUACAAAAACUGUUUGCACAAACCUGGGGUUUUAAAACCCUGGCAUAAUUUUUCUGCCAAGCAGAAGGUUUUAUUAUUUUAUAAUAUUUUUAAUGAUAUUAACAUAAUAAACUUUAUUGUGACGGUUUUUAAAAAA